AUGGAGGACUUCGUGAAGCACACCAAAGACCACGACGACAACAAGUCAGAGAAGGCACGACUGACGGACCAGCAUGAUGUAAUGAUGGAUGCCAUGGGUGGCAAAGCCAUCUUUGUUCCAAUCGACCUAUCUAAACCCGGCCUCCGCAUUCUUAACUCCGGCACUGCAGAUGGCCGUUGGCUCUUCGACCUUCGUUCAACCUCUCAAGCUAAGCAUGAGUACGUUGGUACAGAUAUCGACGAAGGGUUGUAUCCCGAACCAGCGCCAGAGGACAUGCGUUUCCAGAACCAGUCGAUCCGUGAACCAUUUCCGGCUGAGUGGCAAGAAAGCUUCGACCUCGUGCAUCAGCGUCUCGUCAUGGCCGCCGCGCCGCCUGAGACUGUGCUCUCAGUCGUAGAGAGACUUGCCAGCCUGCUUAAGCGAGGAGCUUGGUUACAGUUGGUCGAAGUGGACACAGACGCUGUACCUGGCAACGGGCCCGCUCUGAAGAGCUUCCUGAGCUAUGCCCAGCAGAUGUCCGCCGCCAGUGGAAUGGGCUCCAACCUCGCCAAAGACCUUGCCGGCACCAUGCAGAAAGUAGGUCUGCAGAACGUUGAGCAGCAAUCGAUUGAAAUAAUGCACGGCUUCAAGAAUGAAAAGACGGGCUUGAAGCAGAAGAGCAUGGACAGUCUUUGCAAUGCUGUACCGCCUCUUAUGCAGGGUGUCAAAAUGGUGUUACCUGACCAGUACGAUGAAAAGGAGGCAAGCACUCUGCAGUCUCGCCUGCGGAAGGAGCUCGAGGAAUCAGGUGGCACCACUAAGGUCUUUGUUGUCUGCGGUCAGAAGGCGUGA